UUUUCAGAAAUCUUGAAAAAAUCUAUGAAUUUUCAAAAGGAACAAAAAAUGGAGGAGAAGGAAAUAAGUGGUUUGAUUAAAUCAGAGAGAGAUGAAGAAAUUAACAGCGCAGGUGACAAGUUUUAUCACUUUGAAGAGGGAGAAAAAUUACUUAACUUAGUAACUGACUUCAAUUUUGGAGAUAUCUUUUUAGGUGAUAUUUAUAUUAGAAGAGAGUAUCUUUCAUCAGAAGAAGGUGAUCAUAUUAGACUUCUUCACACAGAAAUCUGUCAUAAAGAAAAUAAACCAAGAGCUACUAUUGCUAUGUUCCAUGGAAUGGGGCAAGGAUCUGAUACUCUCAUUGAGACUUCUCUCCAAUAUGCCAAGAAUGGAUAUAAAAUCGAAACUAUUGACUUUAGAGGAUAUGGUGGCUCAGGAGGAAUUAGAGGAGAAUACACAAUUACAGAUCUUCAAAAAGAUAUCAUGUUAUUAUUAAAAGAAGUGGAUACUGAUAUCCCUUUAUUCGUAUAUGCUCAUAGCAUGGGAUGAAUGGUGCUUCUAUCCUUCUUAAUGAACAACCCAGGGUUGAAUAUUAGUGGUGUUAUACUCGUUGCUCCUCUGACUUCUCCUCCCAAAAAUGUCAAGCUUGAUUAUUUCAGAAGAUUCGUUGCAAAAAUGAUUGGUCAAAAUCUUCCAGAAAUGAUAUUUAACCCAAGAGGAAAUGCUUCUGCUGCUACAUCUAAAGCUUAUUUGUUGAAGUGGUAUCUAACAAACAGGAAGGCUGUCCCAAUCAUUGGGGCUAAACAAAUGGCUGGGCUUGCUGAAUACAUGUAUCAUUUCGAGUAUAACUCAAGCUAUAUGAGGUAUCCAAUCCUUGUACACUUAGGAGGGGCUGAUGAGAUUGUCAAUAAUGAAGGCACCAAAAAGAUCUUUGAGGCAUUUGGAACUGAAGACAAACAAAUUUAUGAGUAUGAAGGAUAUCUCCACGAACUUCACUAUGAAGACUGUAAUAAAGAAAUGUUUAGAAACACUAUCAGCUGGAUUAAUAGGAAAUUUAAGGAUGGUGGUGCAACCAAAGUUGGAGCGAUCGACUUUGAUGAUGUAAAGAUAGCAUUUCUUAAGAAGAAAGCUCCUUUUAAGCAUUGGAAACAACUUAUCGCGGCAUCUGUAAUAGUCUACUAUCUCAUUGGAUACCUCUUAAUGGUCAGUAAAGUAGUGAACAAGAGGAGACAUGAGAUGCUGGCUUUCUGGCCGUAUCAAUUAUACAGACUACUAUUUGGAAAGAGAUAA